CUGGCUUUGGCUGCUUGAGUUGAUUAUCGAGUAAUGGUGGUGAUGUUAUGACCUCAAGAGAUUUAUUGAAUCAAACAUAAUACAUUAAAAAUUCUCCUAUCUCUGGUGAUUGAUACUGCCGAAUAAAACGUCUUAAUUGUAUUCCAGUAAAUCAACGAUUUAUGAAAUGUGUUGUACUAUAAUCGUUUGAUCUUCAGAAUCUGUUGUUCCCUCAUGGAUGUUGGUGGCAAAUGUAAGGAGUAGUACAAAUUUGUAUUGUUUCCUGCCCAAAGUUGCAGUAUAAAAAACCACAAUGUUGUAUGUAUUUCAUGUGGAUGCUGGUCAAAUGACCACAUACGAUAUGAGUUUGACAUUGCAGACCGUGGCUAGCUUAAAAGCAGCUAUAGAGAAAAAAACAAAAAUAUCGUCAAACUCUUUGGUGCUCUUGGUGAGCGGUGGUGAGGUACUGCAGUCUGAUCACAUGGUAUCAUCGUACAGUGCUGGAACGGAUACAAAUCCUAUAUAUAUGUUCAGCAAACCAUCUGUAAAAGAGAGCCUUCUAAAACAAUCCAUGUGUGACCUGAGUCCAAUAGCGGAGUUAGGAGCUGGUGAAUCCAGGAGCGAAAGUCGAGGCUUUGAUGGGAAAUCAGUGGCCGAACUGAAGGCAAAUGUGGACCUGUGUCGUUCCAUGCAAUCGAAUAACAUAAAUACUGUGAUUUCGUGCGCAACUCUCGCUCAGAAGUUCAGUGACCUCGCAUACGAAGUGUCUAGGAGCUGUGAACAAUUGGUACAUGAGCAGCAUUUACAGCAUCAGGGAUGGGCAGCAGUCGUAGCCAAUUUAGAGGACAUAUACAAUGAGUUUUGUGAACGAUCAAGGAAUUUCAAAGAGUCAUUUAAGAAACAUCGCCAGAAAAAGGAGGAGUAUCAAGAGCAAUUGAAUACACUCGGCGCAGUGUUAGAGUCACUUGGCAAGAUACCUAUUCUGCCCGCGCUGCAAGUGAAUGCGGAGGCGCACCGUUUCUCGGGCUUUGACGUUUUUGAGGAGAACUUUGAAGGCCAUCUGUACAGGGUCAGUCACCCCCUAGACAACAGCUCUGAGAACAAGCGAUGCCAGGAUUUUGGGGUGGAAGCAUUCAAAUUGUCUGAGGAAGAUGUUUUUGAUCAAAAAGACGCGUCGACAAGUAAAGAUGGCGCUGUUGAACAGACAGAAACCGAAAAGCAAAUUGAGGUGUCAGAUGAAGGAGAUCGGUUCGAUGUUUUCUCAUACGAUAGCAAAGAAGAGCCCUCGCUUUUACAUUGGAUAUUGGCUCAGGGGAACAAGGCGUCGCUGCAAGAUAUAUUGGACUACUGCGAGAAAGGCCUCGCGCUGAUCGAUGCGGAGCCCCUGAAGGAGCAUGAAGAGGAACUGUGUCGAAUCUUGACAUGGGCGAAUAUGUACGGAUUGAAACAGAUCAAGGGCAUAGAGGAACGGCUGUACGGACUUGAUCAAUUGCUCAAUGACGUCAAGAAAUUAGAACGGGAUCAGCACGACCAGGCCGCAUCACUUACGCAGUAUCGUGACCGUUUGAAUUCGGCGUGUGAUCCGUCUGUACUACCAACCUUGGUACAGUCGCACUGGUGUCAGCUUGAGAAGUUACUCAAAGGACACCAGACGCUAGUCGAUAUCAGACGGCGAAUUACAAAAUCAAAGGAUGAAUUGUCGUAUACACUAAAAGCUAGAUUAGGGACGGUUUUGCGUAUCGAGAACUCGAUGUCGGUGCAGGAUGCGCACGCGAUGCUCUCGUUCCAGUGCUUCAACCGGCUUGCACGUUACUUUGGCAUCGUUGCGCAGUUGCACCGCGCGCCCGCUGUUUUCGUGCGUGCCGCACACGAGGUGGCGCGGCGUCGCGCUUUCUCUACCGCACAUUUGCAGUGGGCGACCGAGCUUGCUGCGAUGCUGCAGAAAAUCCAUGACGAGGAAGUAUCUCGGCGGCAGGAGUUCAAUGCGGUGUUCGAGGGUCACUUUUUGAACAACCUGUUCCCGGGUAUGAUGGAGAUGCCGCCGCCGUAUGCGACACAGGCGCCCGUGCAGUUCGAUGCACGUCUUCCGCAGUUAGCGGUCGCGGACGUGGCCGCGCUUUCUGACUCCUUCCCACAACUUGCGGCCCAUGUACCUACGUACGAUAUGACAGCCACCCUUAAGUUCUUUCAACAGAGGGUGCAAAUACCUGAACAAGAGGACAAAGAAGUUAAUGUUGAAUUGGGCCUUGAAGGGGCUACUGAAUCUGAGGCAGAGACGGGAGAUUUCGAGAAGCUAACCGACCAGAUAGCACCGAAGGAGUUGAUAAGCACGUCGACAACGUGCGCCCCCGAGACGACGGCGGUGGCCACCGUGACCGAGGAUAAUAUGGAUUCUCAUAAAAUAAACAUGGAAAAACUACAAGAGUUUCUCUUUAAACUGUAUGGAUUGUGUAGAACCAAUAUUUUGUACAUACGAGAUGAGUUGUGUAAUUUAAAAAUGGAAAUUGAUGAACAGAAGAAAUUCUUUAAAAGUAAAUAUUUAGAACUGCUGGAAAGUUGGAAGCGCAGUAACGAAGAGGCUGAUAUUCGGUAUCGCGAACAAACUCAGAGGCUAACAUUUGACCAUGAAUUAGAAUUGAGUGAUAUGAAGGCAGCUUUGAAAGAGAAGGAUGACAUCAUUGACUCUCUUAAGAGGGAGAAGGAAAAUCUAAAUGUAGAACACCAAGAAGAAAUAGAGAAAUUGAAUAAAGAACAUCAGGUUACUAAAGAGCUUUUAGAGAAAACGCGACAGGAGAUAGCAUCGUUUCAGACGAAACUCGAAGAAAUUGAAGUAAAUAAACAGAAGGAGAUUAAAGAAUUACAGGAGAAAAUGCAUAUGGAUUAUAAGGCCGAGAUUGAAUCUUUGCGUUCAAGGUUCCGUCUGGUCGCGUUGACUAACAUGGAUCGCUCGCCAUCCGAAUCGAGUCUGGAGAAGAUCGAGCGCACAGACGUGAUCGAGAUAUCGAAUCACAACGCGAUCGUGAUGCAGACCAAAGAGAACGCGGAGGUCGAGAGAGAGGAAGCGGUCAAGGAGGCGGUUGCCAAGUGCGAGGCCGAAUGGAAACAGAAAAUGGAGUCGGAACUGGAUGCCAUCAAGGCCAAGUAUGAAGCUGAGAAACAGGUAACAAUCAACGAUGUACGUGGCCGACUGCUGUCGGAAAAGGACCGGCAACUGGAGGCGCUGCGCGAACGCGAACAGGCGCUAGUGCGCGAGUGCAACAAGUACCGGGACACCAUACAACAGCUCACCGAUCCAGAGACCAAUGACUACGACGCACUGCUUAAAACUCAGUUCGCUACUCUUGAAAAUGACAAAGCGCUACUUCAGCAACAAGUGGCUGAACUGAAGAAACAGUUGGAGAAAAAAGCCGACGAGGGGGAGAAGAGCAGAGAAGAAGAUGUUGACUUCAGGCGCGGGCGCGGCGGCUGGGCCAAGUGGCGCGGGCACACGCCGCUGGGGCUGGCGGCGGGCGCGCUGAGCCUGUCGUCGUGCCUGCCCGGACACACCGUGCUCGUGCUGUGGGACCCCGCGCACCGCAACUACACCGUCAUGCAGGAAUCGUCGACUAUGUACUUCGUGUAUAGUGACUGCUUACCGUCCCUCGAUCUCAGUAUACAGGUGGAUAACGAAAGCGAGAGACGUCUCUACGCUAUAGCUACCGUUGAAUCGAAAGAGUAUUGUUAUGCGAAGAAGAGCAGCAACCGGUACUUAAUGCCGCGCGGAUCGCGCUUUUACCGUGUCCGGGUUCGUCCCCUGCGGCCGCACCUGCCGCAGCCCGCCUGCUGCCCCCCCGCGGCUUCCACCGCCACCAGCAGCGAUGCGCGAUCCAAACAAGAUGCAAAGAAAAGCAGCGUCCUCGCCAUGUUCGGUGAAAACCGGCCGGUCAAGAAAUGGUUGACCUACAUGCAUGCACCAGAUAUACAAAAGCCUGCGGAGCCGAGUCGCGGUGAAGUGGCAACCGCCACGCUCAUUAACCUGGAGUCGCCUGUCGCUGCCGCGCCCACAACUGGACUUCUAGAGACAGAGCAAUUCGACUCGAUAGAGGCGAGCGACCAGUGGCACACUUCGAAGAUGCAGAUGUCCACUGCUAGCGCUUUAACGGAUAUGGAGUGCAGUGUAGGCCGUUAUCUUGGCCCGGAACCGUCAGAACUUACGCUACGUGCGGCUUUGUCGGGCACAGGGCCAGUGGAAGUCGAUGAAACCGGGCCAGAGGGAGCUGAAGGGACUGAAGCGGCUGAACUGGCUGAGGAGGCGGCGCCUUGACGCCCCUGUGACAUUUCACCGACCUCUCCAAGCUGUGUCGUAAAUCGUGAGGCGUAGAGUUUCGGAGUAGAUCUCCAAUAGGCGAUCAAUCGAUCGUGCCCGCUACAGUUUCCGAGCGGCGAUCCGCAUCUUCCACGUUUUGACUCAGGCGGAUUCCUUCAACUCUCAACCUCGUCUUUGAGUAAUGCGCGUUUGAAGUCGCGUCACGAGUUCCUCGUUGCAAAUUGUACUCUAUGUGAUUUUAUUACACGAUUAAUAUUUAUAUUAUUGUAACAUUUUAGCGAUCGGAAUGAAGUCUCCUUCGAUUCGAAUUAUUUCAUUCUUUACAAUAGUACAAAUUUAUAUAGUCACAGAGCUUUAUAUAUUUUACUUUGCAGUCUAUAUUUACUAUUUUAAUUUUAUAAUGUGUUGUGUUUGUGUGUAAGUUUUUAAAGAUAUUAUAAUUUCUGAUGAUUUAUACUAUAUAAUUUUGACCAUCGUAAUGUGAGCACAAAGUUGUAUGUUGCUCUAUUCAUGCUGUAUUCUUUGUGCAUAGAAUAUUGUCGAGGUAUAGUGAUUACAGAUGGUAUUACACGGAACAUUACGUAUGUAUUAAAUCUUAGAGCCAUGAUUAUUCUUAAUAUUGGCUUAAUUUUUAAGUCUGUUUACUUGAUACAAAGUUAGAGCCUAUACAGACGAGGGACACUGCUUGGGAUAGUUUUAGUGUAUUUUUUUACUGUACAAAUGUGGUACUUUUAGUCCCUUCUAUGUGGUAUAAUGCGAUGAAAUUAUAAAUCUUCUAUAUUAAUAGACAAACUAUUUUAAUAGACAAAAACACAUACGAACUGUUCCUCGUUUGUACAGGUUUUUAUAGUGAAUAUUAGUUAAAUAAUCGGUCUUAGGAAUUUCGAUAACAAGCUGUAAAAUUUGUUAUAUAAUAGGCUUUUGCAAUUGAUAACGCUUAUACACGAUCUCGAACUUGAAUUUUUAAGCCGAAAAUAUUUUGACAUUAUAAUAAAUAAUGUAUACUGUCCUAUGGUACUCUCUUCGAACUCAUUAGUUUUAUUUUUAAUGAGAAGUGAGUGUUAUCAUAGAUAGGGAAACAUUACAAUGAGAAUACAUAUUUUAUGGUUUAU